UUCUUUUUUUCUUAUUUUUUGGCAACAAAAGAGUUCUUUUCUUUUAUAUUAGCAUUUAGCAUUAGGUUGAAAGUUGUCGAGGUGAUAGCAAAAGUAGGGAAGUAGAAGCAAGAGGUCUUAAAAAAAAAAUUGUGUAAUAAAGCUUCUGAAACACAAAAAAAAGUUAUUGGCUUAUUAAAUUAUUUAUUGAGUCAUGAAAAAAUUCUUUUGUAUUCUUAUCUCAUUCAAUUUUAUAUUAUUUCUAUCAGUGUAAGAGUUAUCCUAAUCAGCAGUUCUACCGAAGUUUCUCGAAAGAUUUGUCGUUGCUAAACUAAACUAACCCAAACCCAUGUUCACAACACCACAGUCCAAUUCAUGAGAGCCAUUACUCCCAUUUCCCGCCAGUUUACAACUGCCAGACAACUACCAGCCAUCAUAACAUCUACUCGAAAAACCGAACCUUUCCUACAGGACCCAGUUCUUGCACACCAAGUGUUUGGUAAAAUACUUGAUCAAAUCCCAGAUAUCAAAACACUGAAGAAACUCCAUUCCAGCAUCCUCGUCAACCAAAAUCUCCAUUCGGACGCAUCGCUGGGCAUCAAACUCAUGAGGGCCUAUGCUGCUUGCGGAGAACCAGGAAUCGCACGCCACAUAUUCGACGAAAUUCCUGAGAAGAAUGUUGUCUUCUUUAAUGUCAUGAUCAGGAGCUAUGUGAACAACCAUUUGUACCAUGAUGCUCUUCUUGUUUACAAAACUAUGUCUGCCAAGGGUUUUAACCCGGAUAAUUAUACGUUCCCUUGUGUGCUGAAGGCGUGUUCCGGGUCGGAUAAUUUGUGGGUUGGGUUGCAAAUUCAUGGUGCUGUUGUGAAAGUUGGCCUUGAUGUGAAUUUGUUUAUUGGGAAUGGUUUGAUUGCCAUGUAUGGGAAAUGCGGUUGUUUGGUGGAGGCUCGGAGUGUUCUAGAUGAGAUGCCGUGUAAAGAUGUGGUUUCUUGUAAUUCUUUGGUUGCCGGGUAUGCUCAAAAUGGACUGUUCAAUGAUGCGUUAGAGGUUUGUAGGGAAAUGGAGGCGUUCGGGCUUAAACCAGAUGCCGGUACCAUGGCUAGCCUAUUCCCGGCUGUGUCCAACACUUCAUCGGAGAACGUUUUGUCUGUUAAGGAUAUGUUUAUGAAAUUGGUGAAAAAGAGUUUGGUUUCGUGGAAUGUGAUGAUAGCGGUGUAUGUAAAUAAUUUAAUGCCCAGUGAAGCAGUUAAUAUUUUCUUACAGAUGGAGGCGAGUGGAAUAGAGCCUGAUGUAGUCACAAUCGCCAGUGUUCUUCCCGCUUGUGGGGAUCUUUCGGCUCUGUUGUUAGGGAAACGAAUUCAUGAAUAUGUUGAGAAAAAGAGACUCAGGCCAAAUUUGUCGUUGGAGAAUGCAUUGAUCGACAUGUAUGCUAAGUGUGGAUGUUUACAAGAUGCAAGAGAAGUAUUUGAUGCCAUGAAAUUUCCGGAUGUUGUAUCAUGGACUUCAAUGAUGUCUGCCUAUGGUAGGUGUGGACAAGGUCGUGAUGCCAUGACACUCUUUAGGAAAAUGCAAGAUUCGGGCCUGAUUCCGGAUUCAAUUGCAUUUGUAUCGGUAAUGGCCGCGUGCAGCCACGCAGGAUUGCUGGAUGAGGGACAGCAUUACUUUAAAAUGAUGACUGAGGAGUACAGGAUAGAGCCUAGGAUAGAACACUGUGCUUGCAUGGUUGAUUUGUUUGGGCGUGCUGGAAAAGUGGAUGAGGCUUACAGUUUUGUCAAACAGAUGUCACUGGAGCCUAAUGAAAGAGUGUGGGGUGCUCUGCUUAGUGCUUGCCGGGUAUACUCUAACAUGAACGUUGGACUUCUAGCUGCUGAUCGCCUUUUCCAAUUGGCUCCCGAGCAGUCAGGUUAUUAUGUCUUGUUAUCAAACAUCUAUGCAAAAGCCGGUAGAUGGCAAGAUGUCACAACUGUCCGAUCAAUAAUGAAGAGCCGAGGAAUCAAGAAAAUUCCCGGUGUCAGCAAUGUUGAGCUCAACGAUCAGGUCCAUACUUUUCUUGCUGGUGAUAGAUCACAUCCUCAAUCUAAAGAAAUAUACGAAGAGUUAGACGUGUUGGUAGGGAAAAUGAAGGAGUUAGGCUAUAUCCCUGAGACUGAUUCCGCUCUCCAUGAUGUCGAGGAGGAGGAGAAGGAAUGCCAUCUAGCAGUUCACAGCGAGAAGUUGGCAGUAGUGUUUGCCAUUCUAAAUACAGAGCCAGGGACACCGAUCAGAAUUACCAAGAAUCUUCGUGUUUGUAGCGAUUGUCAUAUUGCAAUUAAGCUCAUUUCCAAAAUAGCGGAACGGGAAAUUGUUGUCAGGGAUACUAAUCGCUUCCACCAUUUCAAGGACGGUUUAUGUUCUUGCGGAGAUUAUUGGUGACUGAUAAGCCUCCACCCGCUACUCGCACAAUGUUGCCCUGUACCUCGGACUUCUUAAAACCUUCAAGCGCAAGACAUGAACUAAAUGACUGUGGAUGGUGACUGCGUUGGUAGAGCAUCAUGUGGUCAGUGGCGGUUUUGGGCAUGUGCAUAUAGGUGCCCUUGCACUGGGCCGCCAACCCUAAAGGCCCCCCUAAAAGAUGAUGUCAUCUACAUAUGUAACAACUUGGUUUGUGGCAAAACUUUAAUCUUUGAAUUUUUUUCAGCGUGUGAAUAAGAGAAAUAUGAUCUAUGUUUUUAGUUUGGUUAUGACA